AUGACAUCUAGUAUCAACCUGAACUUGGGUAGUCUACCGAAUCUACCGUCGGUACUCAAGUUUGAUGUUUCACAGUUAAAGUCAAAGAUUGACGAUGCCGCUGCCACUACCAAGAAGACAUUCUCAGCGAUCACCGGUGUUACCUAUAACAAUACGAAACCAAAGAAAUCAAAAUACUACUAUCAAUUUAAAGAUGCUGCACCUCAAAUGGCAGAAGAAGAAUUCCUAAAGAUUAUACCGGCAGAGUUUUUCGAGAAAGAUUUCGAUACCACCAGAUACCUGCUUAAUAUGCUGCCAGCGAAUGACUCUGACUUUUCUCAGUUCUUGGACAAACACACUGAUAAGUACACAAGGUGUAUGGACUAUGUAAAUUCAAAGUUACACAGUCGUGUUAAGAAGAAUUAUACAGAGUUUGUUGAGGGAAUGUCACAGAUUCAUGAGAUUGGUGUAGAACUACAGAGAAGUACUGUUAUUUGUGCAACCAGUAGAAGAACUCUUGGCAAUACCAAGAAGAAUCUGAAUACUACAGCAUUCAAUAUUAUGGCAAAUGACGGUGACUAUCCGAGCACCAUCAAGUCUUACCACAAGUGUCGUGAGAUAUUACAGCGUGUCUCUCACUACUCGUUGCCCGAGUUGAGUUCCAACUUGAAUGAGAUCUACGGUGUCGUACAGGAGCGUAUCGACAAAGACUUUUUCAAUUGCUGUCGUACAUUCAAUGCCAACACCUACCGCUCGGUAUUCGAAGCGUACAAACUACUGAACAGAGCCAAUCAACUACUGGACAAACUCGAGAAAUACUUUGUCAAACCGAUCGAGCCAGAGAUUAGAAACAUCGUAUACUCUCAUGUACUUCUAUCAGAGGAAGCAGCUAUGAAUCCUGAAGCUUACAAAAAUGUCGAAUAUAAAGAUCUUUGUAGAGCUGUGACCAAUGAACAUUUCGUCAAUUGUAUAUUGGCUGUUUUUGAAUAUCUAAGUGAUGUAAUGACAUCACUCUAUUUGAUGAAUCAAUUCCAUGUUGAAAAUCCAGAUGGAGAGGAAAGUAAUAUAUUUGCAGAUAUCAGCUCAGCUUUGACUAGAUUCAAAAAGACUAUUUGGGAUACUAUGCAGAAGCAAGUCACUGCACUGCUCGCUAGGAAGUUGACCACAUUCAAGAUUGACGACUUCCAGUUGAUUCUAAACUCGGUGACAAAGAUCAGUGAGAUCGGAGAGGAGUUCAGUGGUGAUCCAUCGCAUCACUUGAAAAAGUCGAUUAUCGACCAAUCCAAAGCGUUCUUUGAUCACUUCCACAAGACCAGAGUUGACGAUCUACGUACGAUGCUCGAACACGAGACCUGGGUGAACAUGCCGGUCGCCGCCGACUUUAAUGCAGCCACCGAGCUACGUUUGAAAAAGCGAAUGCAAGUCGAUCGUGAUAAACAGUUGAGUGGCGAACAGAUAUUCUAUGCCAUUCGUGACCAUGGUAAUCCAUUCUCACAGCUCAUCUCCUAUAAGAACAAGAGAACUUCGACAUCGCCAACAUUCUCACCGACUUUGGAAUCGAAACAACAACAAACUAAACAAGAACAAAAGAAGGAGGACGACAGCGAUGAAGAUGAGGAACUCAAACAAGAGAUUAUCGAGGAGGAUGACGAUGACGAUCAUGCCAGAAGAAAACUACAAUACCAGAAGCAACAACAACUCAAGAAAAAGAAGGCAGAGGAAACACCAAACUUUUUGGUUGCAUCUUCAACCAUCUCUUUUGUUCGUUACAUUGGAAAGUAUCUUGAGAUGAUGGAACAACUUCCACAUAUCUCACUUGAUAUUUUCAAUGCUAUUUGUCAGUUUGUUGAAUAUUAUAUGUAUACUAUUUAUUCUUUCUCUGGAUAUCUUGAUCCCCAAGGAUUCAGUUUGGAAGCACUCACAACAAAGAUGGAGAAAACUCUGUCUUCUGGUCAUCAGGUAGAGGAUUUAUCUUUUACAAAACCAGCUCUCAAUCGUUUCAUCAAUAAGACAAAGGAGAGACUUGGUAUUCCAAUUGUCACACAGGUGGCCUCUGCAGUAAGUGGUAUCUCUACACUCACUUCAUUCACCAGUCAACUCUCACAGAUCAAGUCGUUUGCCAACGAUAUCAUCAAUAACACUUCACCAACACUACCCUCAGCUACUUCACCAUACUCCAACAACAACAACAGCAACAUACAAGCUGGCACACUUGCCCCAACCAACCAGGAUCCAAGUGCACCGCGAUGGAUUGUACCAAGAAUCAACUACAACGGUUUGAGACUUGGUGAUCCAAAGGAAUGUCUUUUCAAUCUGCCAGUCAGAAUUCUCGCAAUUGAAUCACUCUCGUUUGUGGUCUCUGCACUGAAUGACAGUCGUCCAGUGUUUGAAGGACUGCUCCCAGGCAAGUAUAUCGAUCAGAUCAAGUCAUUCUAUGACAACGUUGUCAAAAUCAUCCCUGAUCUACAGAGACAUCUCAUCAAAUCAUCGGUGUCGGCCAUCUUUUCACAUCAAUCGGGAUCGUUCUAUUUCUCCAAAACGAUUGCCGAUCAAAAGUGGGAUGUGAAGACAACAACCGUCGGUAAAACACCAUACAUCGAAGCAUUCCUCAAGGAAUUCCAGUUGUUCUUUAAGCAACUGGACGACGCUGUCCAAAAGAGUGGAUUCAUUACAACAUCACUCAAGAAUCGUAUCAUUGAUGUCAGCUUUGAGUAUCUCGUACAGCAGCUGGUUGACGGUUACAGUAGAAUCAAAAAGUGUUCAAACGAGGGACGUGCCGUUAUGAUUCAGGAUCUGAUGAACUUACAGGCCGGUCUUGAAAAACUCUCAAAGACCAAGAUUCCAAACAUUGCCUAUGCCGAACAUUAUAUCAAAGGUUACUACCACCUCUCCGUACUCCAAGACAAAGAGAUCAUGGAGUGGGCAACCGAACACGAUGAAUACCCAAUCAAGCACAUCAUUAAUUUAUUGCAACUUGCCAAAGUAAACAAACCAAUGUUAUUACAACAACUUGAAGAGAUGGACAAGAAGAGAAGAAAAUAUUAA